AUGGCUCCCAUAGCUUCUGCAGAUAUCAAUAAUCCCCUCCUCGAUGCACCUGUCAACCUUUUCCCCUCCUCGUCCAGGGCUCCAUCUGCUCCUUGCCUAGUCACCGAUUUCAUUCGUUACCAAGUAAAGCUGAACCCGCAGGCAUUUGCGGUCCACGUCGAAGAUGAGAACCCGUACACCUACGCUGAUCUAUGGCAACUCGUUGAGCAAAUUGUGGCCAGGGCCCCCUUUGCUCGGGGCAAUAUCGUUCCGGUGUGCAUGGACCCCACAGCCGAAUUUGUGGCCUCAUUGCUGGCAAUCAUGGUCUGUGGUGCUGCAUACGUGGUGCUCGAUCCCAAUGGGUCUGCGGAGCGAAAUCGAGACAUUGCAGAAGACUGUGAUGCCGGAGCGGUGAUCGUUCAUGAAAAAUAUGAACCAAAUUUUGAACGAGCUCUGUCCAUUGAAAAAGUCCUAUCCAAUGAUAGUACGGUACCAGAAGCAUCCCAUAAAGAGCUUCUAUAUGGGUCUGUUGCCAGUCCAUCAGACCUUGCAUAUCUAGUCUAUACGUCAGGUUCCACCGGAACCCCCAAAGGGGUGUUGAUAAGCCAUCGUGCCGCAUCCCAUGGAAUAAGUCAAUUUGACUUGAACGGCCAACAACGCUGGUUGCUAUUCUACAACCCUGUUUUUUCUGCGGCGCAGCGAACCAUACUCACGACACUGGCCAAGGGUGUUUGCUUGUGCCUGGCUCGCCGGGAUCGUCUGGCAACAGCAUUACCGGAAGUACUAACAAACCUUCAAAUUGAUGCGCUGGGAAUUACACCGUCAGCCCUAUCAUUGCUCUCUCCAAGUGAAAUCCAAAGCUGUCUCAAACAGAUCACCACUGUUGGGGAGCCCUUGAGUCAAAACCUUGUCAACAUGUGGGCGGAUAAGGUAAACCUUCGGGUGUCGUAUGGUCUGAGCGAAUGUGCUCAGUUGAACUUUUCCCGACAGCUGCAACACGGCGAUGAUCCUCGAAACCCUGGUCGACCAAUCGACACCACCACGGCGGUCAUCUGGGAGCCAGGUACCACUCGACAGCUGCCCGUGGGUGAGCCAGGGGAGCUCUGUCUCUCCGGGCCUCAGGUUGCCAGUGGCUACCGCAAUCGCCCAAAGGAGACGACUGCUACCUUUGUCAAGAAUCCAUUAGACUCAAACGUUGUCUUCCGAACGGGGGACUUGGCUGUUCGUCUAUCCGAUGACACCCUCCAGAUCCUGGGCCGAAUUGACCACCAAAUCAAAAUCCAUGGUCAGCGGGUCGAGCCUGGGGAGAUAGCGGAAAAGCUCCACACUCAGGAUGGGGUGGCUGAGAUUGUCUGUCUCGGCGCGUCAAUCAAUGAGAAGAUGUCUCUAGUCGCAGCCGUGAUCCCCCAGCCCCAAACGAGUUGGGCUAACCUGGUGAAGGUCCUCCGGGACCAGGCACGACGAGUAUUUCCACCAUAUAUGGUACCCAGUUACUGGCUUCAAUGCCAGGAAUUCUCACUAAACCACAACGGCAAGAUUGACUUCAAAGCCAUCCAGACAGUGGCAGAGUCGGCCGAUGUUGACAGUCUUCUGGGCCGGGAUCCGACCUCCUCCGAGGGAAAAGGUUACAUGUUCAGUGAGAUUGCUUCGGAAAUCGUUGAGAUAUGGGCAAAUGUUCUUCAUCUCCACCCUUCGUCCAUUCUGCCCACAGAUUCCUUCGUCGCCUUGGGCGGGACUUCUAUUGAAGCAAUCAAAGCAAUUCGUGAACUCCGCACCCGGGGUAUCCAUAUCGAACUGGCUGAUCUGCUGCAGCCCCAGAGUGUGGAAGAUAUCGCCGAUGCGUCUGAGGCCAAUGGUAAGGGCGCGGCUCCCGAUCAAUUCAAUCUGCCAGAGCCAUUUGCUUUUCUAUCGGAUCAGACCCUCAAGGCAGAGCUGCUGGCAGAUCGUGGAGUGGUUGAUGCAUUUCCUCCCACGGCUCUGCAGGAAGGAAUUCUUGCCAGCACACUCCAGGGGAACCAAGAUUAUCUGUAUCAGAGAGUCUUUGAUGUUCGACACCUCGAUCUUGUGAGGCUACAGCUUGCGUUUCAGGUGGUCUUUUGGCGCAGUGACACUCUCCGGUCCACCUUCGUGGCAGCCACCAAGGGAUUCGCGCAGGUUGUGCGUCACAACUUCCCGAUCCCUUGGAAAAAGGAGUCAAUGUCUCUCGUGAAGUACCUCGAGACUGACAAGAACGAUGGUGUGACCCUCGGGGAGCCAUUUAUGAGAGUGGCACUGCUAAACGAAGCUAUCCUCGUGGUAUCCGUCCAUCAUACACUCUUUGACUUCUGGUCGCAUGGCUUCAUGUUCGACGAUGUUGCGCGCCUGUACUACGGCCAACUCCCUCAGCCGCGGGCAUCGUGGAGGUCGUUCGUAGGGCUUUUGCACGAUCAGCCCCAGAAGAAGGCGGCGUGCGAUCAAUUCUGGAGACAGCAUUUGGCCGACGCGGCUCCUACGAUUCUGAACCAUUCUCCUGUUCAAGAGACGUCUUCUGUGACGCAGACGCUAUCUUUGGAUCUCAGGUCGGCUGUAGUAUCCCUCCACAUCCCUAAGAGUGCAAUAUUCUACGCUGCCUGGGCAUUGAUCCUCUCGUCACACACGGCAUCCAAGUCAGUUACUAUGGCGAUGGCAAUCUCAGGGCGAGAGAUGCCGGUGCCAGGAAUUGAAACUCUCGAUGGACCUACUCUCGCUGUGGUGCCUCAAGCAGUGGUUGUCGACCCCGAACAUUCCUUAUUAGAGUUGAUACAGUCUGUUAAUGCGAAUCUCUGGGAAAUCACCAAGUACUCGCAGCAUGGUAUCCGGGGGGCUUUAGCGGCCGCUGGCCACCAAGGAAGCUCUACUCUAUUCGAUACCAUGGUCAACAUCCUCGUUCAAGAACAAGACAGGGAUGAGAUCACCAGGGAAGUGUUUCAGACUGUGGGCAAACAAUCAGCCUGGAUAACCGAAUAUACUACCUUGAACAUCCAGGAGGGAGUUGAGGGCAUCGAGAUCACCCUCACAGGUACCAUGGAACAGCGUCGUCUGGGGUUCAUUCUCGAUCAGUUCUGCUGUGCAGUUAAGACAAUUAUCCAGGCUCCUCGACUGGUUAUUAAAUCCGUCAGCAUGAUGAGUUCAGAGGAGUUAGAUCUCCUUCUCCAAUGGAACGAAGACCGGCAGCCACAUCCCACGACCCUCCACGGUCAAUUUGAGCUCAUUGCAGAGAAGCAUUCGUCAAAAAUUGCUCUCAAUUAUCAAAAUGAGAAAAUUCUGACCUACGCCGAGCUAAAUAAGACGGCCAACCGAAUGGCGAACUAUCUCUCCGAACGUGGCGUUGCCCCCGGUGACAUCGUUCCCGUCCUCCUGGAGAAAUCCCCCUUUAUGAUCACAACAAUCCUGGCGCUUCUGAAGAUCGGUGCGGCUUAUGUGCCUCUGACUCCAGAGAACCCGGUCGAGCGAAAUGCCUUCAUCGUUCAAGACGUGGGCGCCACAUUAGUUUUGACAGAGACUGAACACGCCUCGUUCUUCGAUUCCGAGCCCGAGAGUGUUCCCCUCGUUUUGGUCGAUACAGCCACACUAUGCGCAUAUUCAACGGAGAAAUCUGAGGUCGAUGUUUCACCCACUGCCCUUGCCUAUAUUAUCUAUACCUCUGGCAGUACUGGCCAGCCGAAGGGGGUUAUGAUUAACCAUAACGGCUGCGCUGCUGCCAUGCGAUCCAUUAUUGACUUUGAGAAAAGGCAGAGCAAGCCCUUCAAGCAUCUCCAGUUCUCCAACUAUAUAUUUGACGCGUCGGUCUAUGACAUUUUCGCCACCUUGCACAGCGGGGGAACUCUGUGUCUUGCCUCCUCGGAGCGUCUUCUGAGUGAUCUUGCGGGCGUCAUAAAUGAAAUGGGCGUCAACCAUGUAUUCAUGACUCCCACUGUAGCCCGACUGCUGGAUCCCAACACAGUCCCUACACUAGAAUCGAUGGUGGUAGGUGGCGAGCCAUUGACACCAGAUGUUGUGACGACCUGGGCGUCGAAGGUCACCCUAAUCAACGCCUAUGGGCCCACAGAGGCAUCGGUGAUGGUCACAAUGAAGAAUGUCAACGCCAACAUGAGCACGGGUAAUAUCGGGACAGCUUUCCAAUCAGUGAGCGCAGUGAUCCUGGAACAGGACGGGUUUCGCCCAGUUCCAUACGGUGCGGUGGGAGAACUGUGCUUCAGGGGUCCUCAGCUAUCGUCGGGGUACCUCAAGAGGCCGGACAUAACUGCUACGGCUUUCAUUGAGAGCGAGAUCUGCGGCGGUCAACGAUUGUACCGCAGUGGUGACUUGGGCAGAUACAUUCCGGGCGGCGAUAUCGAGUGUCUGGGCCGCAAGGACGACCAGGUCAAGGUCAACGGCCAUCGGAUCGAGCUGGGAGAGAUCGAGCAGGCGAUCCUCCGAGCGGGCGAGGUCCGGGAAUGCGUUCUCACGGUGUGGAAAAAGAACAAUACGGCCCAUCUGGUAGCAACAGUCAUCUUCAAUCGCGUGAAAGAGAAUGCCAUCGAAGAGGAGGGAGGUUUCCUCUCCAUGGACAUGUUUGCCGAGGAGGCGCAAAGGCUUAGAGCCAACCUUAGCGGGUUGGCCUUCUAUAUGUUCCCCAAAUUCAUUCUGCCUCUUCGCUCCUUCCCUCUGCUGCCAUCUGGGAAGGCGAACCGCAAGGAGCUCAAGGCGCGAGUACAGUCGCUGAGCCAGGCAGAUCUCACCCCAUACUCCUUUGACAAUGUCCGUGGAUCACAAUCUGCAGAGAUCACACCCGUGGUGUCAGACGAACAGAAGUCUCUUCAACAAGGAUGGAUGGAGAUCCUCCAGCUGCCGAAUAUUCGGUUUGGCCUGGAGGCCAGCUUUCUCAGUCUGGGCGGGGAUUCUAUCUCUGCCAUCAACCUCGUCAGCUGGCUUCGACGGAAGGGACUCAGCAUCACGGUGCGAGACGUACUCAGAUACCCCCUGCUUAGGUCGAUGGCGGAGCAUCUCCAGUGCGAAAGUAACGAAGAAGCAGCAGCCAUAUCACAAACGCUUGUCUUCUCACCACCAACAGAGUUGAAUCUCAUCAUCUCCUCCGCCGGUCUCGGAGGUGAUGACUAUGAGUAUAUCUAUCCCUGUCCCCCGGGACAGGCCGAAUUCCUAUCCCAGGGAGCCCGACCAGAGGGUUUUUGGUGUUUGAUGACAGUCCGAUCCCUGGGUCAUAGCGGAAAUCCAACUCAGUGGAUUGAACUAGUCAAGAGGCUGACCGAAACAAACGAUAUCUUGCGCACCACGUUCAUCAAGCACCAAGAAAAGUGGUACGGGGUGGUUUUGCCUGAUCCGACUCCGGUUGUAGAGUUCUACGACAUCAACAGCCCCGAGGAGAGAAAGAAGAUUCUCGAUUCCAUCUGGAGUGAGAAGUUUGUGUUUGGAAAGCCCUUCAUUCGCUACGCUAUCCUUCGCCUCGCAGACGGCGAGCACCAGAUCGUCACCAAAUUGGAUCACGGCCUCUACGACGGCACCCUCCUUCGUGUAUUCGAUGCUCAUUUCCAGAAGUACCAACGCGGCGAGACCCUGGAAAAUUUCACCUCGUUUAAGGACUUUGCUCUUCACAUCUGGCAGAUCAACCAGAUGCGACCAAACCUGGCCUUCUGGCAGCAGCCAGACAAGAAACCAAUUCAAUUCCAAUUAAAGCCUAGUCAAACUUCCCAACAGCCGCAGCGACCUCGCCCUAGCAUCGAUUCGUUCGCAGUUCACGUCAUCGAACAUGAUAAAUUGGAAAUCUUCAGUCGCUCCAGCGGAGUCACUGUCUCUAUCCUCUUCCAGGCCAUCUUCCAGAUCUGGCUCUGCCUCCGCAGUGGCCAGCGGGACGUCGCAUUUGACUACCUCUACACGGGGCGAAACGUCGACCUGCCUGACCCUCAGAAUAUCAAUGGAACAUGUGCCAAUUUUCUUCCGAUGCGCUCCCAAGUGGAUAUGCAAAGCCGCGUCCAAGACUUCCUCCUACAAACCCAGGAUGACUUCUGGCAGUAUACUGAGAACAGCACGGUCGGGAUCGAUGAUAUCUAUCGAACGUGUGGCGAAGGCAUUUCUCGCGAGGAAUCUGCCAAUCAGGCUCUUUUCCUCUUCCAGCCAUUCGAGCCUGCAGCGCCAUCUUCAUCCUCGGCUGGGGGAGCAGGAAAACCCCAGAGGUGGCUGGUGAUGGCCAAGUCUGAAGUUACCAUGCCGGAACCUUACGCGGUGGUGUUCGAGGUGAUCCGAACUGCGCAUGUGGAUAAAUACAAAGUGAAGUUUGCUUACGACAGUUCUGUCUGGGCGAAAGAGGAGGUUGAGAAGGAGUUUUCUGCGGUUGAGCAGAUGGUCUCGCGUGUUGUGGAAGACGCUGAUGCUCUGGUGGGCGAUGUCCUGCGGGAUUUAUAA